AUGGAGGAUGCAGUGGACUCUUGCUCAGGUCUACUCACAAAGCGACUUGACGAAUUCGCAACAGCUGGCAAUGUUUUUGAUCUCGGACUCCAAUAUCAUGCCUUCGACGUUGUCGGCGAGCUCACUUUCGACGAGAAGGUCGGCUUCCUCGAACAAGGCAUUGACGUGGACGGUAUAAUGGAAACAAUGGCAGGAAUUUUUGGAUACUCCAUCCAAUGCGGUCAAUUACCCUACAUGCAUAGAUUCUUGCUUGGCAACCCUCUCAUUCUCUUCCUGAUUCUUUCCAUGGAAUCUUGGGAUCAAGUCUUAAACUUCACACUAAAAGCCAUCAACUCUCGGGGUACACCAAAUCGCAACGGCGAAUUGACCACCACCGAAAGAGGCAAAGUAGGGAAGGAUCAGCCGUCGAAGUGGAUCGCAGCUAAAGAAUCCAACCCAACCAGAUUCAGUACUCGCGAUAUCGUUGUGCACACCUCCGCAAAUGUCUCCGCAGGCAGCGACACAACUGCCAUCGCUUUGCACGCCAUCUCCUACAACCUCGUGCGCAACACGUCCACAAUGGACAAGCUAGUCGCCGAAAUCGACCAAGCGCAAGGGGAAGGCAAACUAGGAGAUCCGACCAGCUAUAAGGAAAUCACGGCCCAUUUGUCCCUACCUACAAGCCGUGAUCAAAGAAGCAACGCGCAUCCACCCCAGCGUCGGACUCCUGCUCGAGCGCCACAUCCCACCAGCCGGCGUCAAGAUCUGCAAUCGGCAUAUCCCAGCUGGCAGGAUCGUCGGCGUCAAUGCGUGGUUCGUGCACCGUGA